GAGGAACGUCUCUUGUUUUUCGAAGAUCUUUGGACAGCCGGUGGACGGCGCUUCGUGACAACAACUACCAUAGACAUCUUUUCUGAUCAUGCCGCUAACGAUGAGGCUUAUUUUUUCUGGCGAAACAAAAUCUGCGAACGCGUACAUGACCCGGCGAUGCAGGAGAAACUCGCACCUAAUUCACCACCGUAUCCUUUCGGAUCGAAACGCCCUAGUCUCGAAAUUAAUUACUACGAUGUAUUCAACCGAGCAACCGUGGACCUUGUCGACUUAACUCAAUGCAAAAUAUCGAGAUUCACCCCUUCUGGAAUACAAACAGCUGACGGGGUUGAACAUACAUUCGAUAUUACCGUGCACGCGACGGGUUUCCAUACGUUCACCGCUCCCUAUACGGAUUUGACUGUCCAAGCAGCUGAUGGGACCGAUAUCUCAGAAAAGUGGGCCAAUAACAGUCAUCUUGGAGUGACAGUGCAUGGGUUUCCCAACUUCUUCUACAUGUAUGGGCCUCAAAUUCCGGGGGCGUGUAACAGUCCCACCUGUAGUGAAGUCCAAAGCGAUUGGAUCGUUGGCUGCGUAUCUCAUGCGAUGAAACAGUCCUUCACUCACAUCGCGUGA